AUGUUUGACACGAAAAUUAAUACGAAUAUCGAUGAAUGUUUGAAACAUUUUCAAAGGACUCAAGGACGGGCGAAAAUCGAACAAUUAACGAUGAUUUUAGAGAGAGACGAAAUAGGUUCACGGUUAAUAUCUGAACAUUCAGUUUUGAGUGGUGAAGAUUGGAGAAAACGAAGAGAAAAAAUGCAAAAACAAGACGACCUGAAGUAUGUCUUGGAAGAAUUAACCGGAGAUGAUCUAGAUAAAGAUACUAAGGAGAUUUUAGAAAAACGUUAUGCACUUUUUCGAAAUGUUUAUGAAGGGUUAAUAUCGGAACAUUUGAGUGAAUUUAAUCCCAAAAUUCAAAAAGAACCAAACUUGAAUAUUUUAAUAUCGGAUAUCAAAUCUUCGGUUCCAGUAAUAGUUAAAAAAAAUAACAAAGUAGAAUGGGAUCGCUCCAUUCAAGAUCAAAUUCCUCAAAUAUUAGCACAAAUUUUCGCUGUCUGGACCUUGAAAAACACUCAGAAUUAUAAUAACAUGAGAGGAAUCGAUUCGGCACAAAGCUAUCUUCUGAUGCCACAUGUUGCGCAAAUUAUCUCGCUCUUUCGUAUUUUCGGAAUCGGUUUUACAAAGCACGUAAAAGUCUUCGGAUUUCGAAUAGGUUGGAAACAUAUUUCUGACGAUCUGUUCAAUAAUCUAGUUGAAGUUGGAACGGGGGAAGGAAAAUCAGUGAUUUUAGCGAUUGUUGCGUGUGUUUUUGCUUUGCUCGGAAUGGAUGUGAAAUGUUCAUGUUAUAGUGAAUAUCUAAGUCAAAGAUAUAAAAAUGACUUUGCAUCACUAUUUCAAGCAUUAGGCAUUGAUGAACGAAUUGAAUAUGGAACAUUUAAUCGACUGUGCGAAAACUUUUUGAAUGAACAAUGUAAUCUGAGAGAUAAAGUACGAGAUAUGAUUUUACAAAAUAAAAACAGUCUUGAUCAAACGAAUACAACAGUGCAAACUCGUCCGAAAGUUUUGCUAAUCGAUGAAGUUGAUGUUUUUCUUAGCGAGAAAUUCUACGGAGGAUUGUAUACACCAUCUGUGUUGAUACGCGAUCCGACAAUUAAAAAUCUACUAAGUACUCUAUGGAAUAAUCGAUAUCUUCCGCCAUUGCGGAGUAUAAAAAAUACAUCAGCUUACAUAGAUUGUGCGCAGCGAUUCAGUAACUGA